AUGGGCAGAAUCAUCUUCUAUGAGGACAGGAAUUUUCAGGGUCGCUCCUAUGAGACCAGCAGUGACUGUGCUGAGCUCACCUCCUACCUGAGCCGCUGCAACUCCUGUAGGGUGGAGAGCGGCUGCUUCAUGGUGUACGAACGUUCCAACUACAUGGGCCACCAGAUGCUGGUGAGAAGGGGAGAGUACCCUGACAACCAGCGGCUGAUGGGAAUGAGCAUGAGCGACUGCAUCCGUUCCUGCCGCAUGAUUCCCAUGCACAGAGGGCCUUUCAGGAUGAAGAUCUAUGAGAGGGAUAACUUUGGUGGGCAGAUGUACGAGCUGAUGGACGACUGCGACAACAUCAUGGACCGCUACCGCAUGUCCGACUGCCAGUCUGCCAACGUGAUGGAUGGCCACUGGCUGAUGUAUGAGCAGCCUCAUUAUAGAGGCAGGAUGAUGUACCUGAGACCUGGAGAGUACAGGAGCUUCAGGGAGAUGGGAAUGGGUCCCACGGACAUGAGGAUUGGAUCCAUCAGACGUAUCAUGGAGUCCUGUUAG